AUGUUUGUAAACUUUAUUUUUGUAUUAUUGUUGUGUAUAUCGUCGGCGGAUUUUUAUGUCCAAGUAUGUUUCUUAGCUUUAAGAUCUAAUUUUUCAUUUUUUAGUACUAAAAGUUUUAUACCUUUAAAAAUAAGUUUUAAAUUUUCUUUAAUACAAGCAAAAUCUCAAAAAAAAGGUUUAAUUCAAUAUAACUUUUUAAGGCAUGUUAUCCGGGCAGUGCAACAUCCCUAUGGCAAUCUCCUUACGGUAAUGGCAUCUUGCCUUACUAUGCUUCAACUGCAGCGUUCAGAAUGAGAAGACAUCAAAACUAUACACACGAAGUUACAACACUGUCUUCUGAACAUGCCGUAUAA